GACUUGUCUGCCCACACGCGCAGACUCGCGGACCGGGAUUACAACCACUGGAGUGGUGCGCGCUCAACUAGCUCAUGUUUAUGUAAUGCCAUAUGUGAGUGUGUGUGUGUGUGAGAGAGUGUGUGUGAGAGUGAGUGAGUGCGUGUGUGUAUGCGCACGAGAGCCGGCGCGAGCUGGUCCAGCACAGUGGUGAGGACAGCGGUCACACGUUAACCAUCAGGGGACUCGUUUGUGUUUGUUUCUGCGGUUUGAGGGCCCAGCGGUGAAAAAUUCAGCGGUGGGGAUUUGACCCAGCAGACAGGAGGGCGCUCUAGUUCCACCGUUUUUCGCGCACGGCACGCACGUAGACCCGGUGAAAUCGUCACGCGGAUUGAAUCUUUGGAAUCUGUCGCGAGCGUUUCUGCGCGGCCGGUGAGCAGCCCGACAGAGAGCGGGGUCCAGUCGGUCGGUUUUUUUUUUGGAGUGGGGUCUUGAGCACCGCGCGUGGAGGUGAGGUUGGACGGAUCUUGCGCUGGACUCCUGGCCGAACCGGAGCAUCCCACUCCCGGCAGAAGCACCCAUCCUUCCGCGCCUCGGCUCCAGCGGGAGGCCCGGAGCGGCGGCAGGAUGUAGCAGCGCAUUAACGGAGGAGAGAGGGUCGCUCAGAGGAAGAGAGCGGGACCGAGCGGACCGGGGCGGGACGGAGGGGACAUGGGGAAGGACCAGGAGCUGCUCCAGGCCGUCAAGACGGAAGACUUGCUGACAGCGCAGCGGCUUCUACAGAGACCUCGGCCAGGGAAAGCCAAGCUCCUCGGAGCAGCAAAGCGGGUGAACGUCAACAUCCAGGAUGCAGACGGGUUGUCGUCGCUGCAUCAUGCUGCUCUGAGUGGAAACAAGGAGCUCAUCUCUCUGCUGCUGGAGGCGCAGGCAGCAGUGGAUAUUAAAGACAAUAAAGGGAUGCGUCCUCUGCAUUACGCUGCAUGGCAGGGGAAGACUGAGCCAAUGAAAAUGCUGCUGAAGGCAGGCUCGUCUGUCAACGGACAGUCAGACGAAGGACAGAUCCCCCUCCACCUUUCAUCUCAGCAUGGACACUAUGACGGGUCAGAGAUGUUGCUACAACACCAGUCCAACCCGUGUAUCUCAGACACAGCGGGGAAAACACCACUGGACCUGGCCUGUGAAUUUGGCCGAGUUGGAGUGGUCCAGCUCCUGCUUAGCAGCAACAUGUGUGCAGCCAUGCUGGAACCCAAACCAUCUGACCCCAAUGGAGUGUCGCCUCUGCAUCUCGCUGCUAAGAACGGACACAUUGAUGUUAUACGGUUGCUCAUUCAGGCUGGUAUUGAUAUCAACAGACAGUCUGAGUCUGGCACAGCGCUACAUCAGGCGGCCCUCUGUGGGAAGACAGAGGUAGUACGCCUGCUGCUGGAUAGUGGCAUCAGUGCAGGAGUAAGAAACACUCUGAGUCAAACUGCCCUGGACAUUGUUAACCAAUUCACCACUACACAGGCCAGCCGAGAGAUCAAACAACUGCUGAGAGAUGCUUCAGCUGCAAUGCAGGUGCGUGCCCUGAAGGAUUAUUGCAACAAUUACGACCUUACCAGCCUCAACAUCAAAGCUGGGGACAUUAUCACGGUUUUAGAGCAGCACUCUGACGGCCGAUGGAAAGGUUGUAUUCACGACAACCGCACAGGCAAUGACCGUGUUGGUUACUUCCCCUCUAACAUGGUGGAAGUCAUCAAGAGGGCAGGUCACUCCCCCUCCCAGCAGUGCCACACCCUCCUCCUCCGCAGGCCCAACCCCUGUCCCAUUGCCUCGGCCAACGGACACUCAUACCCCCCUUCCAAAGUCCUCCCCCUGCAUUUGCCUCCUCCCCCUCCUCCCUCCCAUCCCAACACACAGUCCCUCCCUCGGUUCUCCUCGUUUGGGUACGUUCCUCUUCCCAUCUCUCCUCCUUCUCUGUCUACUCCUCCUCCUCCUCCUCCUCCUCCUCCUCCUCCUCUCUUCUCCACUUCUCAGGAGCAGCAGAGUCAGACAGGUUCACGGACUGCAGAGCUGAGCCCCCAAGGCUCUCCCACUCUCGGACAUCAGAGCAGCACCAGCGAAGAUAUCUGGGUGCUACGCAAACCGUUGGCAGGUGGCGAGCGCAGUGGCAGUGUGGGCAGUCUCGGUAGUGCUCGCUCAUCAAGCAGCUUGCAGGGCUCCGGAAACACACAUGUUCUGACCACGCCUGCACCCAGUCCGCACCCAGCAAACACACCAGGAGUCAACACACACGGCCUCAACGCUCCAGGCUUGCAUGCACAAGCUGAAGGGGUCAAGCUCCUGGCCACUGUGUUAUCUCAGUCAGUAAAAGCUAAAGAGCAUCUCUUGGAGCAGUCGCAGUCUGUUGAGCAGCCAGCAAGCUCCUCCAGUUGCACGGCUCAUGAACAGAAGUCGUUUGAACGGAAGGCAGAAGAGGAUGAUGGGAAAAAGCAGGCAGUAGUGGCGUGGCUGGGUGAGUUUCAGCUGCAGUUCUACACCACCCACUUCCUCACGGCGGGAUAUGAUCUAGACACCAUUAGCUGCAUGACCCCUGAGGACCUUACAGCAAUCGGGGUCAUGAAGCCUGGACAUCGAAAGAAGUUGACAUCAGAGAUCAGCAAGCUACCCUCCACCGACUGGCUGCUGGACCACAAGCCUGCCAAUCUGGCAGACUGGCUGUCUCACCUGGGUCUCAGUCAGUACUAUCAGGUUCUGGUGCAGAAUGGGUAUGAAAACAUUGACUUCAUCUCUGACAUCAGCCUUGAGGAUCUGCAAGAGAUUGGCAUUUCUAAACUCGGCCAUCAGAAGAAGCUGAUGUUGGGAGUGAGACGACUGAAGGAGCUACAAAGAGGAGAGAGCAGCUCUGGGCCCCCUCUGAGCCCAUCCACCCCUCCUUCCAGCCCUGGUAGCAGCACAGGCUCAGAGCCUCAUAGGGAUGCGAGGAAGCUGAGAGAAGGUGCCCAAAGCCCGCUGGCAAAACCUCGUCCAGGUCUCACACGUUCACAAACCCCUCCCCUAACACCCACACAAACUCCACCACAAACCCCUCCACACACCCACACCCAGCAGGCCUCCCCCAGAGCUCGACCGCGUCCCUCCACCCAGAUGGCAGGGAUAGAUUCAUCAGUUCCAUUGCUCCGCCUGCCUUGUGAGGAGGAGGAGCGGCGGAGAACUCACAGUUUGAUUGGCUCAGAAUCAGACUCUCGAUACGCCACGGUGUGCCGCAGCAGCUCUGUACGUACUGCCGCCUCAAAUGAUGUCACUGUAAACCGCAGCCAAUCAUCCGUCACCCUCCGGCCCCGUCGGAAAGGACGGCCCCCAACUCCACCAAAACGGUCCUGUUCUUCCAUUAAAGGGGGCGACGGGGAGGAAGAGGCACAAGGGGAGGGGCUUCUAGGGCUACCAAACUUUAGAGAGCGGCGAGCCAGUGACUGUGGAAGCCUAAGAUCUCAAGAGUCAGGGGGCCUGGAGAGAUCAGAGGGCUCUUCUGGGAGUGUCCGAAGCCUCGCCGCCAUGCUUGAAACCUCUAUGGUAGGCGGAGCCAAAACCCUGCCAAGGAAUCUGGGAGGCAGCACCAAUUACCUGCAGGUGAGUCCACCUAUGCUUCGACGGCAGGAACGCGCAGGUGGUCUUGGAUCUGAGGAUGAUGAUGUCUUAAGUCGGCGCAGGACCAUCAGCGGACUAGAAGCCCUUCCUGGUGACCAAACUGAAGUGUUACCCAGGCAACCAGCAAAGCCACGUCCAGAGCCCCGACCUCGCUCAACCGUGGUCUCCUCCUCAACAUCCGAGAUCACAGACGGCACAUUGACGCUCCGAAGGAAGCCUAAACCCCUGGAAACAGAUUCUGAGGCACAGGCAUCCGUGGCUACCACUGUUGUCACCAUGACAACCGGCACCGACACCAUACGCAGAAAACAACAUGUUUCUGAGCACACAGAAGGCGUUGUUCAUACCAAUAAGCAAUUACACAGUCCCAGCAGCCAGACAGACAGUAGCGGGAAAACACAGGGUGAGCCGCAGCAGAAUGGGGGCGUGGUCCUGAGGAGGAGGCCGGUGUCCGAGGUCUCUGAUAGGACGGAGACAAACAGAGAGAGCUGCGAGUGGAUGGAGGCCAGAAGGUCCCUGAAGCCUCCAGUGUCACCCAAACCAUCCACAGUCUCCCUUAGGAAGACACAAGCUGACCCCCCGACACCAACUCGCAGGGUCCCCAUACCAGGGCCAGACAGUACAGAGACGGCACAGAGCCCAGAGCCAAAGCGUGUCCCUCCUCCUGUGUCCCCCAAACCCCGCGGGCCUCCAACAGCACCUAAACCAGGCAAAGCAAUAGUAGCUACAGCUGCACAGAGCCCGAGUACUGCUGCGACAAGCCCAGCUGCAGCCAGCCCCACCCCAGCCCCCAAACCCUCCUCUCCUCUCUCUGCUGCUCCUCUCCCAGCUCCUGAGACCCCCUCUGGUCCAUCUCUCUCUCCAGGACUCCCUCUUACCUCCCCCUCUCCAGCCCAGAGCCCCUCCACCCCCUCCCCACACCCUGUCAAGCCUCCCCGCUCCUCCAUUGCUGGUCUCUCCAUUGAUCUAAUAGGAGGACGAGAGGCAGAAGAGGAAGAGGAAAGAAGGAGAGAGGAGGAGGAUAAGAGGAGAGCAAAAGAGCACAAGAGGCACAGGGAGCAAGAGGAGGAGGAGGCGAGAAAGAGAGCAGAGGGAGAACAUUUGAGAGAGGUGGAGGGUCAAGCAGAGGAAGUGGAGCAGAAGGAGGAGGUGAAACAUCGGUUGGAGGAGACCAGUGCCACCUUGGCUGCAGCUGUUCAGGCUGUGGAACAUAAAAUCAAAGAAGAGGACACACAAAACGACGCUCUCUCCAGCAAAAAGGAGACAGUCUCCAUCUUGGACGACAUCGGCAGCAUGUUUGACGACUUGGCAGACCAACUGGAUGCAAUGCUUGACUGAUCUGCUUCGCAUGUACAGUCUCAUACAAGCCCUCUAUCCCCCUCCUCUUCCUCAUCAUGUGUCGGUGUAUGAAGAAAACUCUCUCAAGGCUUGACGCUGGCGCUCUGAGAGAGUGUUUGUAUGUGUGUGUGUGUUUGAGUGCUUGUGAUGUAGCCUUGUACAGAAAAAAUACCGAGGAGGGAGUCUUCUUCGUCCGGUGGGGUAGCUCUAGAACGCCUCCUGAUGCGAGGAGGCCGCUCCCACACAACCUCUGACCUCUGCAGCCCAGCGAAUCAUCACCACCUCCGAGUCUGAGACAGCUGCCUGGACCGUGAAGCACAAUCAUUUUCCUCAUCCUUUUAUCUCCUCAGACUCUGGCUAGGACAGAGAUGUAAACCCAGUCAGACAGGGAGACAGACUGAUAAGCAUAUUGCUUGCAAAAAUAAGCACAACUGACUGACAGGGGGAUAAGGUAGCUGGAUCGAUAGACAGGAUGCAUACAGACGAGAUACCAGCGAGAGUUUUAAAAAGCACACAGAAAGACGGGCCGCUUUCUAAGUCUGUCUCACUCCUGAGAUGUCAAAAAAAUAUGAAUUUUUCCAGAUUUCUCUUCUGUGUGAGUGGAGGAUUGUGGUUAGCCGGAACUUCCUGACUUGUGUGUCGUCUAUCUUCAUGUUGUUGUUGUUGCUGCUGAUGUUGUUACUGUUGCUGUUGUUGUCGUUUCGAGUGUGUGUAGUCCCUGCCGAUGCUCAUGUCAUUGUCCUCCCACUCGUACAGUAGUUAUUCUAACAAUCAGAAAGAUGAUAUAGAUGUGUGUCCAUGAAAUUUGAGACACUAACACAUUUACACAUAUGCAGAUAAACAUUUCAUUGGUUGUGUAUUUGCUGGUGUUCUGCUUUGUUGGUGUGUAGCUCCAUCUGUGGAGACUUGCUUGGAAAUGAAUCUACAAAUUCACAUACACAUAACAUGCAAAGACACACUUGUACACACACACACACACACACACACACACAUAUACACACACUCAUGAGGUGUUUCCCUUUGUCCUGCUGCAGUGAACAGUGUUUUUAAAAAAGAUAAUCCCAUAUUUCAAUGCUUUAUAUAGUACAUCCAGUAUACAUACAUAGAGUUUAUAAUAUUCCUGGGUAUUUGAGCUGUUAGAGCUCCCUCUAGUGUUGGUUAGUGAAACUGCCUCUAUUCCCCUCCCCCCUCCCCCCACGCCUCUUUUUAUCUCCCUCUGUGACCUUUUUGUUAACUUUACAUCGCUCUGUGCCUUGGUAGUGUUCUUUCAUAUAUUCAAAUUAAAAUUGUUCAUCCCUUGUUUCUUCUUUUCUUUUCCCCACUUCAUACUUUUUAAAGGUUUUUUCUGGUUCCUUGUGUAUAUGUGUGUUGUCAGAAGUAGGUUAUAGGUUGAGUUUUGUGUCCUAAACAAUCAAUCACCCUGUCUGCGAUCCUCCUGUAACCAUUGAGAAGCAUUGUAAGAGCCCCCUCCCGCCCAUGCAGACCCCCUGUAAGCUGUAAUAAAUUGGCUCUGCUCCUCCUCAGCUCCCCAGUUUUCAGUGGUCCCCCCCCCCCCCCCCCACCCCAUGUAGGCCAAACAGUGGAUCAAGCAACAAUGUUCACCCCAAUGAAGAGUCCACUUGUAUUUUUAUGCUCUUUGAAAACAAAGAUAUAUUUGAGAGACAGAUGGUUCUAUGUGAAUAAUAAUAAUGAUAAUAAUUAUGAUGAUAGUUAUAGAUAUCCGAUUGAGGUGAUAUGAUUGAGCCUGUACAUUUCUGGUUGAGUUUUGGAUGUGUUGUGAUGGCUGUUGUGCCAUGGUUGGGUUGGGUUGUGUUUCCGCUGUGACAAUGCAUUCCUGUACAGCUGUGAUCAAAAUAAAUAAAUGUAUAAAUUAAAUCUUG